UUAUAAAUCAAAGGACCAAAACGCAAUUAAUUAUAGUUUGAUCAUCUUCUUUGGAGAAGUAAAAGACGCAAUUGACACAGAAGAAAACACUGCCACCACUCUCUCUCCCCUCUCUCUCUCUCUUGGGUUCUUCUCUUCUUCACUGCUCUGAUCUUUGAAACUGAAAUUGAGGAAAAAUGAUGGGUUUUGGGCCUUAUGGUGGUAAUGGAGGUUCAUAUUUAUCACCAUCAUCCUCAAGUUUAUCAGCUUCUGCACCACCUUUCACUAUUGAUCGUUCUGGUCCCAAACCUUCUUCAUGCCCUCUUAUGGAUUUGGCUGAAUCAUCUUAUCCUGGUGCUGGUGCUGUGAAUUCUUCUAUGCACAAUUGGCUCCCUUCUCUUGCUCCAACUUCAGAACCCCAUUUCUUUCCCAGUACUCAAUUGGAGCACAAUUCUGGGCCAUCUUCAAAUGCAUAUGGUUAUGGAGGCUCACCGCCUGUUGAAUCUUCGAAUUUGAGUACCCAUUUGCCUCAUUUGAGCACCACUGUCUCUGCUUCAGUGGAUGGAUUUUCAUAUGGUCAACCUUCAGACAGUGCGGGGGCGACUGGUUUUGUUGAAGCCAAGCCGUAUUAUCCCUCAUUUUUUUCAUCUUCAGGCCACAAAGAUAGUGGUUUGAGGAAUCCUGAUCAAACUAGUUAUGACUGGUUAUCUACUUCUUCUCGGGUUCCUAGUGCCUUGGUCGGGUCUUCUAACAGCGAUCAACCUGUGAAGUUUUUGGAUUCAUCGUAUGCAGGCCAAUGGGGUGACAUGUGGAAUGGAUUUGCGGAAUGGAAGCAGGGCAAACAGGGACAACUUAAUGGAAGUUUAGGAGGCUCCAAGGAAACUGGCGUGCCUGUUCCAUCGAUGUAUGAGAAUUACAUGAACCAAGGUGAAGAAUCUCAUAACCCGAAGGUCUUGAAUAGAAGUGAAGAAGUGUCCCGUGGCGCCAACUUCCAAGCUCCAGAGACGCAUAGUGGAUAUAUGAAUUUGGAUAUGAUGUUAAAUCUAUCCUCCACAGGGAAAACUUCAGAUUUCAUGCCUAUGGACCAUUCAAAACCUAUCUUGGGAUCCUUUUCAGGACUUCAAGAGACUCAUCCAGAGUCGACAUCCUUCAUAUUUGGCACAAAUUCUGGGAACCAUCAAAUUCCUUAUGGAGGUUCGAAUGAGAAGCGCUUGAAACAGAAUAUUAACAGUAGUGCAUCUACUGUGAAGUCAUCCCCUGUCCUUGUCAUGGGGCUUCCGACAAAUAACAUUCCUUUUAAAACAAUGAAUUUAGGAAGCAAUACAACUCAUGCAGUUGUGUCCAGCAAAAAGGCAUGUGACAUAAAUGAUCCUCAUUCACAACUAAGUUUCGGAGGCAAUCUUUGUUUUGAUUCAAGCCGAUUUGACGAUCCUAUCACUUCACGAUCAUUUUUUAGUAAAAAGGAUGAGACACUAAACAAAGAGUGUAUCACUAACGAUCCAUCAUGUCAAAUGCUGAAAGUGAAAUCUGGAGUUCAAACUUCAAAUGUAAGUCAUGAUGGCUUCAAUUUAGACCUUAAUGCCAAUGAAAGCAUCAAUAGUGUUGCAGAUUCAUCUGAGAGUGUUGAGCAUUUUUAUCCUCCUGUGGACUCACCGUGCUGGAAAGGAGUUGCUCGUUCUUCUCCUUUCGUUGCAUCUGAGGAUGUUACAGAAAUGAGAAAACCGGAGAAACAGACAUUCCCUCUCAAUACUUGUGAGAAAGUGUCCCCCGAGAAAGCAAUAGAAAACAUAAAGUAUCAUCAAUUUGGGUGCUUGGAAAAUUCUUCAGAGAUUCCUUUGAAUCUAUCUUCAGCUAUAAAUUCAGAAACUAGAGAAAGACAAUCAGAUGAUGUUGCAAACACCAAUUAUUGUUCAGAAACUAAAGGCAUUAAGCACUCUGAUGACAACAACGAACAUGGAAGCAAGUCCAUGGGAUUCCCUGACUCGAAAACUUUUCAGGCCUCAAAACAAGAUUUUCAGGGAGAUGGAUUGACAUCUGAAAAUAACAAUGAAACAGUGCAAUUCGAUUCAUCAUCUUUACGUUUUCCUGUUGAACAUGUUAGUUCUCCUUUUGACAAGGAUGCUUCUUCUAAGCUUACCAAAUCAAAUGAAGGACAGUCAACUCCAACAGUUGAUGUUCUAAUGCUGGUUAAUACGAUAAGCAACUUAUCAGAAUUGCUGGUGUCCCAUUGUACAAGUGGCCUUUACAAUUUGAAACAAAAAGAUCUCGAGUCUGUCCAAAGUGCGAUUAAUAAUCUUAAUGUGUGUGUGUCAAACAAUUCCGAGAAGAUGAUUCCAACAACUUCUUCCGAAAAGGACACUUCUGACUAUCCCAGAGAACAAAAUGAUAUUCAUAAGGGUGUUACUGAGGACAGCCCAAAAUUGACCAAAACCAUAAUGCUCAAAAAUCUGUUUGACUGUCAGAAUUUCAACAAGGGGAAAAGUAAUUUCUUGUCUGGUCAGAAAGAUGAUGAAAUGUUCGAUUCUGCUUCUGUGAAGGAUGAUUUAGACAUGGAGGAUGAAGAUAAAGCUACCCAGGCUUUAAAGAAAGUUCUUGCUGAGAAUUUUCCCGUCGAAGACGACAAAACUGAGCCUCAAACAGUUUUGUAUAAGAAUCUUUGGCUCGAGGCUGAGGCUGCUCUUUGUUCCCUUAAUUACAAAGCUCGUUAUAAUAGGAUGAAGAUGGAAAUGGAGAAACUUAAGUUGCCUAAUUCUAUAGAUGCAGGUGAAAAUACCACCGCUGCUACAGAUGUGAAGAAACCGUCAAGUUCUGAGGCAUGUCCUGAUCAAAAUGCAGUUGAAUCACCUAAGGCCGAGGGUAGUCCAGCCGCAAGAAGCCACAGUUCUCCUGUCUUAAGCUCCGAUAUCCAAGCUGAUGAUGUGUUGGCUCGAUUUCAUUUACUGAAGUGCCGUCAUGAGAACUCGAAUUCUGAUACUGUUGCUAAUGUGGAUAAACCAUCAAGUUCCCAGUUGUCUUCUGAGUCGACCAAUGCUGUCAAAAUACUUGCUGACGCACAUGAAGAAAAUGUUGGAAGCCGAAACCCCGAGAAUUUAUCUUUACUGGCUUCUACCAUGCGUGACACACUUAACCCAACUAACAAAUUUGAGGCUUCUGUUCUGGCCAGGUUUCAUAUCCUCAAAUCCCGAGUUAACAAUCAUAAAGAAGCAUCACAGUCACCAGAUAUUGUUAAUCUCGGAUUUUCUAGUGAGAAUCGAGAGUGGCCUUAUAUUGGCCAAGAGGCUAGAAAUUCAGAUGUCCAGCCCAAGGCUUCUUUGCAGCAUCAUGCUGCUGACAGCACCGAAGGCCAAUUAAUCGGGAGCGAUUUCGACAUGCUUGUGAACGAUGAUUCUUCCACUCAAUCUGAUCACACUAACAGCAACAGGGUUCAGAAUGAGAAUUUGCUUUUUGCAGGUUGGCUCGAUAGGGUGUCAUCGGAUUGGGAACAUGUAAGGAAGGAGGAAUUCGGACUGCAAGUGGGCCCCGUCCCUGCCACCACUGCUGGUGAUUAUUAUGAAUGAUGCUGAUGUUGCUGUCAUGGUGGGACUGUCUUGGAAAGUUUAUGCUGCUAUAAUUUUUGUGCAUAGUAUUUAGAACUCUACUUAGAUUUCCACAACUUGGGGUGUUUUAAUCUUAAAAUAAUUGAUUUGUUGAGACCUGGAACUUACACUCUCUCUCUCUUUCAGUAUCUUUGUUAAGACCUGGAACCAUAUGAAUGAUAUUAUCUAUGUUUAUAUUAUCAAAAGUUUCAAUC